CAAGCAUGUAGCAUAACCUCAUUCUUAUACCUGCACAUAUUCUGAAAGUUAUCACACAGAGAGGCUCCUAUUGUGUAUUAGAACUGAGUCCUUUGGUUCACUGUGCGCUUUGUGUGCUGAUGCCAGAUAGUGAGAGAAGAUGUGAACGUUGUCUCCUCUGCAAAAAUCCAAGGAAAAACUUAUCAGGGGGGAGAUUCAAGAGGAAAGAUGAGCAGCUCCAGGAAACGAUCCCUGGAGGAGGAGGUGAAACACAGGAGCACAGCACAGGAGAAGAAACAAAAAGUGACUCAGCGACAGAGAGUUCAUUAUGGUCUGUAUAACCAGGGAGCCACAUGUUACCUCAACAGUGUUCUGCAAGUUCUCUCCAUGACUCCAGAGAUCCACGACAGGUUGCUUCCUGACUCACUGAAUACAGAUAAAGAGCUGAUGUACCUGUUUAAAAAAUUGGAAAGAACAACAUGUGGAACAGAAAACAUCGAACAGAGUUUGGAGAUCAAAAAUGUUCAUCAACAACAGGAUGCUGCCGAGUGCCUGGAGAUGAUUUUACGUAAGGUCAGCAAACAGGCCUCUGAGGUUUUCCAAGGAUGGCUGGCGGACACAACAAAAUGCUCUGAAGGUCACAUCGUCAAUGAAGAGACAAAUCCAUUCUGGACUCUUCCACUGUCAAUGAAAGAUAAACAUGAUACAACCUACAGUGUGGAAAAGGGCUUCGAAGAGACCUUCCAGACUAAAUCACUCAAAGGAGACAACUUGGUGUACUGCAACGACUGUAACAAGAAAGCAAAGGCGACCAGCGGAUGUGAGAUGGUGGAAUUUCCUCGGAUUUUGACUCUACUCCUCAAGAGAUUUUACUUUGACUUCAACACCAUGUCAGAUGUCAAAUCAGACUGCUGUGUGGAUGUGCCACUUGUAUUACAGACAAAGAAUCAAACGUACAAACUGUAUGGGAUGGUGAACCACGUGGGCAGUCUAAGAGGUGGACAUUACACAGCCACUAUCCUGUCCAAUGAGGACGAAACCUGGUAUGAAUUUGAUGAUUCUCAUGUCAGGAAGGUUGAGGACCAACCAUUUGCAAAUACCAGGACCUACAAAUCCAGGGCUGCCUAUCUGCUCGUCUACAGAGAUUCAGGGAGUCUGAGAGACAAGGUUAAAGAACAUCCUCUGGAAGAAAAAAAAAUGAGAGAGGAGAGCAAAGAAAACAGACAAAAGAGCAAUACGAACCGUGAAAAGGUUUUGAGUGUCAAAGAAGAGUUUCGUCUUACUCUCCCAACAGAUGAGAAUUCGCCACAACCCUGCAAGUGUUGGACCAAGAUCAAGAAGCAUCCUCUUUUGAUUGUCCUCAUCAUUUGUGUUUGUGUGUUGGUUGUGAUACUUCCCAUCAUACUAACGACUGUCUGAACGAACCUUUAUAGAGAGGAGGGGUACAUAUAAGCUGUUACAUGAAUCAUCUGCUUCUUUGUCUUUGAGUUGUCAUUUAAAUCCUGAAGCCAGCUCCUGGGGUUUAGUUAGUUUUUAGUUUAGUUGUUAUUGGCGUCAUUCUUGUGUACCCCUUGUGUUUCAUUGUCUCAGGCCAGUUUGUUAACACUUUGUUUAAUCGCUGGUUUGAGUAUAGAUAUAUUUUACUGACCUCUUUUAUAGGUCUAUAGUUUUUGCGGUAAUUAAAACUACAACUCCUGCUUCCUUAUUGCCUCACUGCUUACAAAACUAUUUUACAUGGUGAAGUGAGGAUGAAUUAAGCAGUCUCACAGCAGCAGGGGGAACAUGCUGCCCUUCAUGCAGGUACCUCACCUGCCUUCUUGCUAGUUGAGUGUGUGUGUGCCUGUACCUCUAUACCUGUGUGGGAGGACAUAAUUCUGUUGUUUUAACACUGUGAUCUCAAGAAAUAAAACCACACCUUAUUCAUUUUCUUAUUUUCUUUUUUAAAUAUAUACCUAUACUAAUGUUUGCAACAUGAUUUAUUAUGUUUUCCUGACUGAUCAUUUGUUUGUUUUCCUAACAUAACGUUGUUGUUUUCCUGUAAAAUAAAGAUGAAUGAAUAUA